UUUAUUUAUAUUUCGAGUCGGAGAGUGAUUCCAUCAGUCGAGACUAUUGGAAUCCGUAAAGUGAAUUUUUCUUCCUAUGAAUAUUACCAUACAGAGUGUAGAGCAAUUCAAGUCGCACAAAGGCGUCAAGAUUGAUUAACAUCUUUGAAUCAGCAAUACAAAGAAGUAUAAAAUAUCAACGAAGGAGCGAGCUACGUCAGUUGGAGGCUGGAGGUCAAAACCAAAACGGAGGCGUACAUACAGAAAGAUGGCAGGCUUUCUGUUGUGCGCUGCGCGCUUACUAUUUUUAUUUCUUAUUAAUUUGAUCCUUAUAUCAUCUUGUUCUGCAAACAAGCUGGUAAGAAAUGUACCAGAGCCGUUGAUCCAAAGUGCCUUGAAUUCUUUGAACGAGGAUUCUCCGACCCACCAUACGUACAAGGGCGGUAACCUGAUUAGCGCGCAAAAAUUGGAUGAGUCACCAUACGUAAUAUAUAGACUUACAUUUGACUUGACCCCUGUUUGCAAAAAGACAUUAGAACCUUGUCCUCGAGAAGCAUGUACCGUAGAAGUAAAGCAACACGAACGAGGAGACAUACACGUUUUACGGGAAUCUAUACAGUGCAUGUAUUUGUAUCCCCAAUCGACACAAGAUGAUCCACUGCAAGCUCAAGAAUAUACUCAGGACCAGGAGAUUAUUGAAAAUUUGGACAAACAGAUUGUCAGUAACCAAAGCGUAGAACUUGAUCAUGAGAUUCAGAAAACUGGAGACCAUAAUGAUAAACCAUUCAUAGCUAUGAGGGCUUCUAGUUCUAAUUAUUGUCCAGGAUGUCCAUAUGAAUUAAAUCCAAACAUACCCGAGUUAGCUGUGUUUGGAGAACAAGUGGCAAAGUCAAUGGAUGAAUUAAUAUUGAAUGACUUCAAGCACAAAAUGAUCAAUGUUAUCAAAGUAACUCGUGCUGUACCACCUUCAUCUAAUGUAAUACAAUAUCAAUUAUUAUUACGUAUGGGAGAAUCAGAUUGCUUGAAAAAUGCAAUAGAUCAAUCAGAAUGUUCUGUGCAAUUGAAUCUUCCCAUUAAAACAUGCUUGGUAACAUUUGAAGAACAACCUUGGCAACAAUCUAGUCGUAAAAUAACAAAAAACAAUUGUACUUCAGCGAAUAACAUUGAAGUUGGACAUAAUAUUGAUCAUUCUUCAACAUUAAAUGCUGAAGCACUUGUAACAGAGCCUGCACCUAACAGAGAAGAAUCUAAUCUUGAAAAGGUUGAGGCUAUGGAAAAUUUAAAAAGUAUUCUUGAUAAUUAUACUUAUGCCACAACUGCAAAAUCAGAGGAGCAAGACCAAUUAGAAGUAACAGAAUAUCCUAUUGUAAAAAUUUCCAUUAACAAAAGUGAUGAUGAUAAUACAAAGCCUCAAGGAUUUGAAGAUAAAGUUAAAGAAUUUGGGGAAUUUCUAACAGACUUUAAUUUACCUACAAGGGAAGCUAAAUCAGAGCCAGAAACGAACAGAGUGGAAGUUAAAGAAGAGAUAAUUCUGCCAAAAAGAGUUUCUGCUGAUUCUACAAUCACUGAAUCACAAAAUUUGUAUAGAAACAAAAGACAAUCUGAACUUAUUGGUGCACCACGUAUCAAAGAUGUUAAUAAUACAGAAGUAAGGGUGCUGGCAAACAAAGGAUUACAGAAACUUUCAGAAAAUUUUGAAGGUACACAUGAACCUAUGCUAGUAGAAAUUGUGGAAGCCACUGAACAAAUAGUAUCGGGAUCUUUGUAUAAAAUAAAAGUUAAACUGGGCACGAGUACUUGCCCAAAAGGCUCUAAAGAUAAUUGUCAGUUAAAAGAAGGAAGUGAAAUCAAGGAAUGUUUGUUUUCGAUAUGGUCACAGCCAUGGAAAGAUAAUGGAUCUCCGGAAAUUACCAUCAAUUGCGAUCUAAACAACCGAGAAAAGCGGUCUUUAAAGGGUGCUCAGUAUAAUCAAAAAAUGUUAAAACUAGCUCAAGAUAUAAAAAACGAAACAUUGUUCGAAAAUUCUAAUUUACCAGCUGCAUCCUCUGAAAUUAAGGAAGAAAUCACUUUGCCAAAAGAGGUGUCCUUAACAGUUUCUAUGAUAAAUCAUUCUACUAAGUUAUACAGAAGCAAGAGAGAAUCUGGUCUUGUUGGUGCACCUAUUAAUAUAAACGUUACUGAUCCUGAAAUACAAGAGAUUGCUAAGAAAGGAUUGCAGAAAUUCACAGAAAGUUCUGAAGGUACAAACGAACAUACGGUAGUAGAGAUCGUAGAAGCCUCAAAACAAGUAGUAUCAGGAUAUUUGUAUAAAAUAAAAGUUAAACUGGGCACGAGUACUUGCCCAAAAGGUUCUAAAGAUAAUUGUCAGUUGCAAGAAGGAAGCGAAAUCAAGGAAUGUUUGUUCACAGUAUGGUCACAGCCAUGGAAAGAUAAUGGAUCUCCAGAAAUAACCAUUAACUGCGAUUUGAACGACCGACCAAAACGAUCCUUACGGGGUUCUCAAUAUAGUCAAAAAAUGUUGCAGCUAGCAAAAAAUAUCAAAGACGAAACUAUGUUCGAAGAUUUCAUCAGAGAACAUAAUAAAUCGUAUGCUUCAGCUAAAGAAAAACACAAUCGUUUCAAAAUUUUUAAAAAGAAUCUGAACAAAAUUGUAGAAUUGCAAAACUUUGAACAAGGAACAGCUGAGUAUGGCGUUACAAUGUUCGCAGACUUGACGCCUAAAGAAUUUAAAGCGCAUUAUCUAGGUUUGCGACAUGAUUUGAAACAAGAGAACGAAAUACCAUUUCCAAAAGCUGAGAUACCAAACAUUGAUUUACCUGCUAAAUUCGAUUGGCGUAAUUAUAACGCAGUCACACCUGUGAAAGAUCAGGGACAAUGUGGAUCGUGUUGGGCAUUUUCAGUUACAGGCAAUGUAGAAGGCCAGUAUGCAAUUCAAGAAGGCAAAUUGUUAUCGUUAUCUGAACAAGAACUAGUAGACUGUGAUACAAUGGACGAAGGAUGCGGCGGAGGUGAAAUGGAAAAUGCUUACAGAACCAUAGAAAAAUUAGGUGGUCUUGAAUUGGAAAUAGAUUAUCCUUACGAUGCCAGAAAUGAAAAAUGCAACUUCAAUCGAAGUAAAGCUAGGGUGCAGAUUGACUCAGCUGUAAAUAUAACAUCGAAUGAAACACAAAUGGCACAGUGGCUAGUAGCAAAUGGCCCGAUUUCUAUUGGUAUCAACGCUAAUGCCAUGCAAUUUUAUAUGGGUGGUGUUUCUCAUCCCUUCAAGUUUUUAUGUAGCCCUGAAAGUUUAGAUCACGGCGUUCUAAUUGUGGGAUAUGGCACGAGCAAGUAUCCUCUGUUCCACAAAGAGUUACCAUACUGGAUAAUAAAAAAUAGUUGGGGCCCAGGUUGGGGUGAACGAGGUUAUUACAGAGUAUAUAGAGGAGACGGUACCUGCGGAGUUAAUGCACAAGCUUCAAGUGCUAUAAUAAUAAAGAAAAAUUAUUCACGAAACUAACGUCUUUCAGGAUAUUUAACUCGUCUUAAAUAAAAUAUUUUUUGUUACUAAUACGAUAUGCAUGUUAUAUAAAUUUUAUCGCUUGCUUUAUGAAGAAAUUUUGUACGAUAUUUCUAAACGACAAAUAAUUUGUUUCAUAUGCCAAGUUGCGAGCUCGAAUUAAUUUCCAAUUAUAAUUAUAUAGAAUCGUACUUAUAAUGUUUUCGUAAUAAAAAGAAAUACUUGUUACGAUA